GAUACGGAAGUGAAAAUGAGUUGAAAGUCCGUUUUUUACCUACAUUUAUUUUUGUUUGAACAUACUUGAGUGGCACUCAUCAUUUUUUAACUCUUCUAUUGGGAUAAGAAACAAAAUUAAACAUUUUGCUAUGAACUAUUUUCAGUUAAAAAAAUCAGCGACCGCCAAAAAAACUACAUGUCAAUGUGGACACAUUACACAGAAGUCAGCAAUGCAAGUUUAUCACUUGUUUAGAAUAUAUACUGAUUAGUAUUUAAUCUGUGUGUGGAAUCGUUUAGCGAGGAAUCAUGUUUAGUGCUGAUGCAGGUGCUGCUCAGAUCUCCAUGCUGAGUUCAAGAGCGACUAAGUCAGAACAACCAGUUGUUGAGCAUGAUCCUUUCCAGUAUUUAUUUCCAAAGUUGCCAGACCAGGGUUCAUACAGCGUAGCACACAAUGGGAAAUGUGACAUAGAAGAAGACUUCAUUAUGAUUGCUGAAUUUUCAGAACAGGAAGGACCAAGGCCAGUGAUUGUGAUUCCCAAAGAUGGAGGCCAGAACUUUGACCAGAAUGAAUUUUCAAUCAAAAUAAUGUCAGUUGAUCACCAGUCUUCAGUUGUUGGGGGUUAUGAGACAGCUGAAGAUGCCCAGGUUGUUAUGUGUGAUGAGGAAGCGGGGACUUAUGCUUUUGUUCAUCAUAUUGUGCUGAAUGACAUCCAGGCCCGGGGCUAUGUUAGACCCUUCUGCAUCAGUUAUGUCACAUCGGACCCUCUAAAGAUUAUGAGAUGUUAUGAAGAAAUUUCAACUCAGAUGAAAAAGGUUGCAAGAUUUAUGAAGUAUGGAAACAGACUGGUGUUUAUGAGAGACUUGGAGAAAAAGCUGGAGGAUUUAAGCUAUACAAAAGCACACCUGCUGAUCUCUCAAAGUCGAAGUGCUGUGAGCACACAGGGAGACUCGGAGCUGCUUGCAGCCCUUAACACCAUUCGACAGUGUAUGGAGGAAGCCACUGAUAUUGUCUCUGCACUCCAACCACAGCUACAGGGUGACAUUGACCUAGCGGAUCGGUUCCAGCAGUACGAGAGGAUGGUCCAGACUCGUCAUCGGGGACCAAGCAUGGAUUCCGACUCCACUAGUCUGCAAGAUUUCACAGACAGUCCACCAUCAGCUAACAAUACGAAAGAGCAUUCUGGGUCCUACUGUGAUGGAUUCCUAGCUGAAUUUAGCUUGUUCAGCAAAUCGAAAAAUCAGAAGCCAAAGGUCUUGGAUGUGAGUGCUAUCAGGGGGAAGCGGCGGUUUGACCGAUCACUCCGUGGACUUCAUGAGCUGUGUUCCUGGGGCGCAAAGGAGGGCCUUCAGAGGCUCCGGGCAUUUAGAGAGUUCCUGAAGCAAGAGUUUGCCACCAUCUACAAUGAUGGACUCGAUAUGGCAGCACUUGAUCCUGAGAGUGGAGUGUUGAGGUUUGGCUAUCACACAGUCGGGGCGAACUUCCUCCUCCAUAAAGAUAGUGGACCGGAGAGUUUUGUCAACCGGCUGCACAGCUUUGGUGGAGAAGUUAACAUUCCAUCGCUAGGCUCCGUGGACAGUUUCAAGUCGUUUGUGACUCCUUUCCAGUCGUUUGAUGAAGAUACCAUGUAUUCUGCCACUUCUAGUCUGGACAAUAUGUUCAACUAUUCCAGGCAGACGUCAGUGUCUGACCCACCACUCUCAAGAAACCAGUCAGACCCACAGUUAGAAGACACAGAGUUAAUAUUUGUCCAUGACUAUGCUGCAAGUGAAUUUGAGAACACUUUAACUAUGGAAAAUCCUAUGGACGAAGGCCUUUCUAAAGGGGAGACACUCGAUGCAGGAAAAACCAUUGCAGACUCACAUGAGCAGGUGUCAAAAGAUGCAGAUCGGGAAAAUAAAAAUCGGUCCGACUCCGAUACAUCAGAAUUCUACGCGAUAGAUUUAGAUAAAGACUUGAAAUGUUCAGCUAAGGGAUGCAGGUGUAAUACUGUAGACAUUAAAUGUGAUAAUCAGAUUGGUGCAGGAUGUAGGAAAACUGUCAAAAGUAGAGAUGAAGAUAUAGGCAGAGUGAAAAAGACUGGUAUUUGUGAAGUGUCGGAGAAAGUUGAAACAGACUGUGAUAAGUUGGCAAAGUGCAAUGAUGAAAAUGGAUAUAAAAAAAAAAUCUCUCGCGAUUCACGUCUGAAUAUUUCAAACAAAAUUGAGAAUUUUGUUUUGAAUCUGGGUUUAACUGAUAAUACAACAACUUUGUGUUGUUCAGGUGCUGCUGAUAGAUUUGAAGAUGUUACUGAUGUUAGUGAUGUUGUUCAAGAACAAAAGGUUGUAAGUGAUGUUGUAAAUGAAAACAAACACCUUGAUGAUUUGCUUAAUGCACAAAAAGACAUAAUUGAUGUUGUCAAUGGACAAAAAGAGCUUACUGAUGUUGUUAAUGGACAAAAAGAGCUUACUGAUGUUGUCAAUGGACAAAAAGAGCUUACUGAUGUUGUCAAUGGACAAAAAGAGCUUACUGAUGUUGUCAAUGGACAAAAAGAGCUUACUGAUGUUGUCAAUGGACAAAAAGAGCUUACUGAUGUUGUUGAUGGACAAAAAGAGCCUAUGGAUGUUGAUAAUAAACAAAAAGGUUUUAGUGACAGAUUUGAAAGUGAUUUUGAGUCAAAGGAUCAGUAUGACUUAAAUGAGUCCAAACAAGGUAAUGAAGACAGUUCAGGCGACAUGUUUGUGUUUGGGAAAGAGCCAUUACGUGGAAGUCUGACUAAACGGCUGAGUAAUUCUGCCUCGUCUGACUCCGUGAAAGACGAAAGUCAUUUGAAGAAGAAAUGGAGGUUGUUUCAGCCAAACAGAUUGCUUCUUGAUGGGGAUUUCUCUGUGGCCCAGAGUCUACACAAAGUUCUAUGUAACUAUAGCAACCUGCAGCAUGUAGUUUACAGCCUGUUGGUAGGGCGACCAGUGAUCGUCAUAGGAACAAGGAAACAGGAGUCAGCUAUCAGAGAAAUGAUUCAGGCACUCGCCCUGUUUGUUUCAUCAACACCAAGAACCAGUUCAGUAUGCAUGCUGUGUCAGCUGAAGCAAUUAAAGAUGGCUGACAUCCACAAGGUUCAACUACGAGGCAUUAUACGUCCAGACAAGCGGUCAGCGGAGUAUCUUCUGCCACAGUCGAUCAGAAGGUAUAUCACAAUCGUGGACACAGAACGAGGCUUGAUCCUGUGUCAGCCGUACCAGGGCCAGUUUCUCUCCUUCUUGUCAGCCCUCCAGUUAAAGAAAAAAACGUUCAAGACGGGAAAUGUUCUCCUUCCAUUCUUACAGCUCUGUCUGGAGGAGAUCUCUACCAAGGCAUUCAGUUACUACCAUAAUGUGAUGUCCAGCGACUGCCUGCAGGACUUCAGGGAUGCCAGUUUCCCACAUAGAGCCGCGAUGUUAGAGCUUUCCUCAGAAAAAUAUCUAAACAGAGCAGGAAUUAUGAACUCUGACUGCAGAAUUAUCAAGCACUUGGCAGAGGCUGUGAAGGUUCAACAGAUCGAGGAAGAGUUCCAGUGUAAAUAUCUCACAGAUGCGCCGGCAUUUCCGUUCAGUGUACAGCACCAGUCGUUGCAGACAUUCAAGUUGUGAAGCAUUCAAUAUAUCAAAACAAAGACUUGAGCCACAAUGUUAUCUCAUUGUUAACUAUAGAACAACAUUUUAUGAACUCUCAUUUGAAAAAGACAAAAAAAAACAUUCCAUGAACAAUACCUCAUUUUAAAAAAAGCCCCUCAGAAAUCAAUUAACAAAAAAUGACAGCUUAUCAAACUUGAUAAUUUGUUAGUUCAAAAAUACUUAACAAGAAAACAUUAUUGAAAAACAUAUUUUUUAGCUAAAGAUAAGAAUUAACUUCAGUCUUUGUCUGUAAAGUACAUAUGUAUGUUGUGAUAUUUUAAUGAAAUAACAGUAUUUUGUAUAUCAAGUGUAUAGGUAUUUGUUUGAUAAUUUGCUUUUAUCAUUUUAAAUGUGGUCUGCUCAAGCACAGGUUGGUGACAUCUUUUUUAAUUUGAUAAAUGCAUAUGAACAAUAGUUAAUGUGCUUGAUGUUCAAAAUUAUGGCCUACCCUCUGUUUAUAAAAGCUGAUCUUUCUCAUUUGAAAACAAAAAUCAAAAUCUUGCAGUAAAGUAUGACUCGAGCAAACUGUACAUGUAUGUUGCCUUCUGAAAACACUUCUAAUUAAACCGAACCUCCUUGCAUUUAAAUAAUAAGUGAUAUUUUGGGGUAAUGUUUUUAGCUAGUCUGUGUCAGGCCCAACAUCACAAAAAUACUCCGAUCAAAUCUCAGUCUCAACACAUUUUACUACAUAAGAGCCAGGCAUCCCUCUGGGUUUUGAAAAGUUGUCGCUACUUGGUGUCAUUGUCAUUAGUGUCAUUGUCAUUGUGCAAAAUCUUGAAUCUUGGCCAUAACUCGUGUUCAAGAUAUUUAAAUGAAAUUUGGUAUAUAUGUUGCCAGAAAUAAUACUCACAGCUCUGGCUUCUAUAAUUUCAAUUAUUCAAGGACACUUUUUAUACCAAGUUAUAUCAUUAGGUACUGUAUAUCUUGUUAAUUAUCACUGCUUAAGUUAGUUUGUAAUGUUAUAUUUGUGGUAAAAUUGUAUUUAAAGUCACAUCAUUUAUUUACACUUACAAUUGUAAUUUUAAUGUGCAUGUAUAUUCAGAGCUGGUGUUCAUAAAACAUCUUAAGUAAUUUCUUAACUUAAGUUGAUAAUUCAGAUUUUUCUUAGUCAAAUUAAAAGAAAAGUAUAAGACUUAUGUCUUGUGUUUAACAUAAAUCAUAUGUAUGUAUUUUCAAUAAAGUCUGACAAUGAAAAUGAAGUAUUUCAGUAACUAUUAAGUUAUAACAUCAUAUUACUAGCGAGUAGUGAGAUACGUAAAAAAGGAAAGAAACUUAAGUAAGUAAAUGAUUUUAAGAUCCUUUAGGAAUACCAGCCCAAAUGCAUAUGUUUGUUGUUGAAUAAACUAUUUUGUAAAAGAUG